AUGGAUGUUAAUGUAAGUCUAGACUUGACAGAUCAUCAGUAUUGCUUCAUUGCAAUAAGCAAGUCAUGUAUUAAAGAAUACAGAUCUUCUGCAACAAAAAUAUGUUUAUAUGUAAUAUUUUCUCUUGGGCUAACAUUGACAUUAUGUGGAAAUGGAGUCGUGAUACUAUCAAUAUCAUACUUCAAGCAGCUUCAUACACCAACCAACUUUCUGGUUCUUUCUCUGGCUGUGGCAGACUUUCUCAUUGGACUGGUUGUUAUGCCUUUCAGUAUGAUAAGGACUAUAGAAACUUGUUGGUUCUUUGGGGAGUCAUUCUGUCUUUUCCACUCCAGUCUAGAUAUAUCUUUAACAACUAUUUCAGUUUUUCAUCUUAUGUUUAUUGCUGUUGAUAGGUACUAUGCAAUUUGUCAGCCACUGUUUUACCCCUUUAGGAUAACAAACCACAUAAUAUUAGUAUUCAUUACAAUUAGCUGGAUAUUGCCUGUUGCCUACUCAUAUGGCAUUAUAUAUACAAAGUUUGGUAUUUUAGAGAGUUAUGUCUCUGCUUUGUCUUGUCAAGGACAAUGUGUGCUUAUAAUCAAUGCAUUAUGGUCACCUGUACAUGCUUUGUUCUCCUUUUUUAUACCCUGUUUGGUAAUGUUAGGUAUGUAUGCAAAAAUUCUUUUUGUAGCCAAAAAGCAUGCAAAAGUCAUCCAUAGUACAGAGCAAAAUCAUUCUUUGAAGGAAAACAGGAAACAUUACCAAAAAAGGGAAAGCAAGGCCACAAAGACUUUAGCAAUUGUAAUGGGUGUAUUUAUAUUUUGCUGGCUACCUGUUUUUGUUGAUGUAAUUGCUGAUCCAUAUAUGAAUUUUAUCACACCCACUGUUGUGUAUGAUGCUAUGGUAUGGCUAGGGUAUUUUAACUCAACAUUCAAUCCACUGAUCUAUGCAUUCUUUUACCCAUGGUUUCAAAAAGCCUUGCAAUGCAUUUUGACCUGCAGAAUACUUGGACAUGCUUCUGCUACUAGAAAUCUCAUUACAGAGCAUAAUUAA